GUGUUUGAGAGAGAGAGAAAGAGAGAGAGAGCGAGAGAGCGAGAGAGCGUGCAGGUGUCAUAAGGCACCUGUCUGUUUGGAUAGAGUUGUUAGGAAGAUCCUGCAUUGGCUGGAUCUGUGAACCUUCCUCUGUUUAGUUUAUCUUGUUCUAACCUGUGUCUAUUGUGAAAGGGUAACGUUACCUAUUUCACAAAGCCUCUGUGUUUGGAAUACAUAGGAAUGGCGGAUUUUCCUGGGAAGGUGAACACUCAGACAAGCUUGCCUCAGUUACAGCCAGGUCCCGUGCACGUCAUGAACGCAUCUGUUGACUUCAGCUUCAUUAAGAGCGUGCCUGGGAUACUUGUGGUGGUAGAAAUUAUAUUUGGCUUGCUGGUGUGGACACUUAUCGCCAGUGCUGCCUACUGGGUGGUGCCUGCCUAUGGCUGGGUGUUGUUUGUGAGCAUAACACUGUGGAUCCUCACCGUUGUGCUCUUCAUCAUGCUCAUUUUGGGUAUGAGGCGGAAAUUGUCCUCCAUACCCUGGCCUCUAGCACUGCUGGUGUUUUAUGCAGUUGCAAGCAUCCUGUAUUUCACAGCCUUUCUGGCAAACACAGUUUCAGUUACUGUCUUUGAAGGUGGUUAUAACUUUGAUCACAUGGCAGCGUCUGCGUUUUUUGGCAUUUUUGUGACGGUGGCUUAUUGUGCCAACACCGCCUUUGCUUACAUGGAGUGGAAGGGUAAUGGAGGAAACGCAGCUAUGACUACUGUUCCUGUGUAGAGACACACUGUGUCUGUGCUUAUGCUCUGACAAGGGACUCUGAAUUCUUACUGUCACCUAAAGGAGAUCAUGAUGAACCUUACUGCCAUCUGAUAGCAUUUUGUGCUAUUAAAUAGCAGAAAAUGACAUCUUAUAAAAAGUCAGCAUAUCUUCAAUAUAGUCACAUUUAUCUAUUUCCUAUUAUAAGGUUAUAAGAAGCAAAAAUAUCUGCCAAUAGGAUUAGAAAAUCUAAAGCCUGUAAAUGUAAAUAUGUAAAAGCAUUUCAAUCCAGGCUGAGUAAUAUAUUUGACUUAAUAAGAAACAUUAGAUAACUCUGGCUAUAUUCAAGAUAUUUUACUUACUAAUAUAUAAUUUUUUGAAGUGUACAGAACCUUGUUAAGUUAUACAGGAUGCGUAUUUCUGUUUUUUUUUUUGUUUUUUUGUUUUUUUUAUUUAAUUUACACCUGAUCAAACAUGUAUUUAAUUCAUGAAGUUUAGAAGUUAUAUGUUUUACAAUACAAGUGUAUUCAUAAUCAUUUUUUUCAUGUUUUGAUGAUAUUUGAUGUGAGUUAAAUUACAUUUAUUUACUUCUUCAGCAUACAGUAAUAUUUACAUACAAGGACAAAAAAAAUUGUGGAGUCAGACAUUCAGGCCAUACAUACAGUAACAACAUGACAUGAAAAACAACUUUUUUAUAUCUACAUGUGGGAGUUGCCUACAACUUGAACUGGAGAGAAACGGGAGUAGAAAGCCACAUAUUAAAAGAACCAUGGUAUUAAAUUUUGUAUAAAAUUUGUAAAACUUUUCAUAAUACCUUUAUAAUAAACUGUUCCAAUGCA